GGUUAUCCAUCUCAGGUAGGAAAUACCGGCGACCCUUGUUGCAACAGAAAGUAGAUUAUAUCAGCACGUCGUUCCCGACAUUUUGACAACCUCCGGAUUCGUGACAAAACUGUAGGCCAAAGUGACGAUGGAAUGGUUUUAAUGCCGCCCUUGUUUUCAUUCUCAUAUGUCUUGGCUGGGUUUUGCAGUAGGUGACCUCUACCACUCCAGUUUAAAUCAGCAUAGUAUCGAAUCAUUUUGUAGUCGGCGAGGUUCGAAUCGCAAACUACAUAUCGAAGGACGGUAUUUUCUCUCAUGGCGCUUGCGAGACGUCUGGAAACAUUAUCAUCAAGAGCUGCGGCAGGUGUUCCCUCUAUCCGCAAGCUUUGGAGUACCUUCAUGAAUGGGAUUUUGGAAGACAAGAUGUUCAGUGCGGAAUUAGAAAUGUUGUUAUGGCUCAAAUCGAUGCGCUUGAUCGAGGUAUUGUGGGUCAGGGCGGCAGCCAAACAGGCCAUAUCGUAAUCCGAAGAUAGAUUAUUCGAUUGUAAGUUCAAUGAUUCUAAGGUUGAGGUGCGUCCCAAUGCUCCGACUAAAAGAAAGGUGUUCAUGGAUUCAUUGCGGUCCAUUCGUUGAGAAGAAACAUCAAUAGCUUUGAUUUGCGUACUGUCUACCAGCGAAGCCAGAGCUUGCAUUCCAUCGUCUAAACACUUGUUGCAGGAAAAAUCGACUCGUUCCAAUUCAGAAUUAUCUUUCAAACUACGAAUCAAGCAAGCGACAUUCCGGUCUUCCAGUGGCUGUCCGUUCGGCUCGUAGCAAAAAGCCAAUCGAACGUCGCGCAAGGUUCCUUUCAUUCGUCGCAAGCCUUCAGCUAAGAUACGCAGCGCACUGCUCUCUGCAAACCUGCAAUGCUCGAUGCACAAUCUCGAAAGCGUACGGCUCCCACUCAUGCCUUGCUCUAGAGAUCUUGCAGCCUCCGCUGUCAGAGUAAAAAACCCACCGUUCGACCCGAUGUUGAGCUCCAACUCAUGAAGAUUCGCACUGGUGAGCAAUCCCACACCGAGUGAGUGUGCAAGGGGUUCAAAUGGUAUGGAAGGAGGAUAGUCCAAUAGUAUAGCGACUACUUUUGGCAUAGCGACUGUGAACACCACUGUGAGAAUGAUGUCUACGCGACCCUUGCAUUUGUCAAGCACAAGCUCCUCAACGCUGGUUUCGUUCUUGCGAAGAAUCUUGACUAUCGUAGCCGCCGUUGUGGUGCUCAAAUGACAGCCCCUGAGAAUUAUCCUUUUCUUUGAGUCGGAAAACACUUCGAUGUCUGCGGCGGCCGCAUAUAUUGCUUCCCGACUGUCCAGUACGACCUCCGCGGUGUUGGCAGUGCAUUCUGACAUGGACCUAUUCACAUGGGCCAUACAGCACAGUAUGUUUAGGCAGUAGAAUAAUUCGCAGCGACGAAGUCAAAAGUCAACUCUACUCAGGAGGGACUAUAUGUAUAAUUUGUGUCAACAACAGGAUUGAAACCUGUCGAAAUAUAAUUGGAACAGCACAUGAACUCAGUUACAACAGAAUAAUGACACCAACUCUGAAAGUUUUUCGUUUGUGUUCCGAUGGUGAAGUAAGCGAAGCAAAUCGUACCGUACCAGAAACGGUACGAUACGGCAUGUUUGGGACGAAGAUUCAUAAGACUUAGUUUUUCUUUGAUUAAUUCGAUUCGUUCCCAAUCGGUGAGAGCAGAUUCCGGACGAAUUCGAAGAAUACCUGUACAUUAUUUAACAUUUUACUACCUGUGUUCUCUCGACUUCCAUGAUCAUUAAUGAUACGUAAUGGACCGUACUCGUACCUUAUCGUACUGAAAAACGAAACACACAAGCGAUGGUGAAUUGACCGAACAUCCACCAACUGUAACGAUGACUUCCAGAAUCAUCACUCGUCAGAUUACCAGCGCAAAGCACGAGACGAAAGCAAAGACCUUAUCGAAACUAUCAACUACAGUCGCGUCACCAUGUCAUACUGAACCACUUUCGUUGAAUAAAAAUGUUUUGCUAAUAAAUGUACAACAGCUCACGGCUGACGGUUCGAUCCUUGUUUCCUUCCGGUUUUAUCAAAAAGAUAAUUGAAUGCAAUUCAUUCGCUUACGUCUUCGAUUAGGAUGAUCCACCUGCUACAAUAUUCUCUGUGAUUGCAUCAUAAUCAUUCUUGUCUUCAACGAUAGAAGGGGUAGCAUCUACUUCGGCUUCUUUCUUCGACCGUGCCAUGCUACUCGAUCUAUGGCUCGUGUCUUUCUCCACUCGUUGAGGGUAAGCCAACGCGAACAACAAAUCCAAAUGCUUUCCGGAUUGUUGAGAAAGCUGACCGGGUGGAGGCAUCGAACGCAUGACACUUUCUCUGGUACGUCGAGAAAUACUUCUGGUCACAACGCCAGUAACACCAUCGGUGACACGAACAGCACCGUCGUUGCUUCCAAUUGAGCGAUCGUCCAGACAAGCAUCGUCAUCGUUUUCUUUGCUUCCGGAUUGGCCAGUGCGGCGAACUGCUCUCAACAGACGUCGAUUCCACUUGUUCACAACCUUCAUCGAGAUCAUUGAUCUGCCCAAACGAAAUUGAACAGAUUGUGAUGGAGACAAUUCAAGAGGCCGUCUCAAAUACAAAUAUGAACCAUUGGAAGAACCAGCAUCAGUAAAAACAAAUUCUCCGUUUUUGAAUCGAAUGGAAGCGUGUCGAGCAGACACGGUGCGGUAAUCCAACACCAUGUCAGAUCCAGAAGAACGCCCCAAAAGGAGUGGACGUGUCGCAUUUUUCUUAUCUGCUUUCAUUAGAGUGCUAAAAGAAAGCUGGAAGCGAGUGUUGAACAAACGCUGUGCCAUCUCGUGUUUAGUUGCAACAAGCAACGAAACGUAUGGAGGUUCGAGCGAGGACUUGAACAACUUCAUCUGUCGACCAUCUUUCAGUUUGAAGUCAGAUUUGAAAGUACUCUUGCAAACAGAGCACGUCGCAUCCACAGACGAAAGAAAGCAGAUCUGGUUGUCUGCCUCGGCAGUAUGCCAUUUUCGCAAGCAUUCAACGUGCACAUGUGCUGUAUCUCCGAUACAUUUACACGGAGUAAUUAGUGGGUUUUCAUCCGUAUCUUCGUCAUCAAAACACAUGUAGCAAACUGGUUUGUCACCAUCAGUAUUGGAGCGACCGUUGGCGAUGUCCACACCUCCGUCAAGCGAGUCAUCCGAGUUUUCUGUGCAAAAAAUGAACGAUGAAGAUUCUAGGGUCAGAAGCAUCUCAGGAUCAUUAACGAGGAGCUCAAUCUUCGAUUGAAAUGUUGAUCGCAAUACUUGUACUCACCACCAUCGGUUUCUGCCAAAUCCUGAAACCCUGUAUUGUUGUUUGUUGUGUCUUUCAUGAUCUUUUGAAUUUUUUCCUCGCUCAACACACGAUUUUCCUCUCCGUUGUGGGUCUCGAUAACAACCACACCUACAGAACCCACGCGAAGGAAGUCUCCUACCUGAAGGGUGUGCGGGGCGGGCGGAUGUUUGCGAUCUCCAAGCAGUCGGCAGGUUCCGGAAUGGCGAGAGAAUGCUUCCGGGGCUGGAACCACCCAAAAACUUUUUGCAUGAGUCGUCACCAAAAGCUGGCAGGCUCGAGUAUCGGACAAUUCGUAUCGCUGGAGUUUGCGUCCCACCUGCGAUCCGUAUUCGGUGCCCAAAUCAAUCGUGGUCGCAUUGCGACUUCUGUUUGAACCCUGGAUGAUCACACCCUGUUCCGUAAGGUUGUUGCGUGAGAAAAAUUGGAACGAACCAUUUCGCAGUAGCAAACAAAACAGAACGAAGACAACGAAAUACACAAGGUCAGAGAUCUCUUCUUCGUGUUUUUUUCCUUUCUGAACUCAGCUUGUUUUGGAUAAGUUUCUUCGGCGACAACGGAACUCUAGCACCCUGAAACAUACCUCUGGUUUGAUCGUAAAUGUUGUGAACUUUUUCUUUCCACUUCCUUGGCUAUUGUUGCAAGGGUAAACACGGACCUCCACUUGCGUGUCCAGGCGUGAGUUGAUUUCGGAAGCCGGGUUGAUGCAUCGGGCAGGGAGGGAAAGUUCCGAACUACUCGCAUCUCGCUGUUUCUCUCUCCCUCUUGGUGUGUUGGUAUCUCCAUCGACACCCUUCAUUGCUUUCGCGGCAUCGCUGCUGCUCGAGGUUCUGCCACUCGAAAACGCCCGAAAUCCUUCUCCCGCAGUAGGCGUUGGAGUGUUUCCUGUUCCGCUCAUCACAGAUUGUUAAAUUUAUGUUU